AUGGCCGUGGAGAAACAGGACUCUGCCGCCGCCGCCCACGGCCAAACCCCCAUGAAGUUCUCCCGCUAUCGCUCGGUUCGCAAGGCCGCCUCUCAGAAACAGACCCCGGAUGCGAUGCCCCCGUCCACCCCGCUGCCGCUAGAAAAGCCUCUCAGCAUGACCGCCUCGGGUAUUGUGUCACCGCCCGCCGCGUCGACAAAUGCGACCAUCCAGCGGAGCAUGUCGCGAUACCGGCGCCAGAAGGCACCGUCGUCGCGCUCCUCCACCGAAGUCCCGUCACAACCCCCGGUGCCCGCUCCGUCGCACCAAGUCCUGGCCUACAGGUCCCAGGCGCAUGAUCCAGCAAAUGGAUAUUCGGUUCCCCAGCCACUACGCAGAGAGCCGGAAUCCCUCGAGAGAAAGAGGGAAGCCGCUGCGGUAGUCAAUCCCUUUCUGGGCGAUGAUGAGGACAGCGAGGACGAUAGCGAACGGGAAAGGCAUCGGCAGAAUGCGAUGGACAGGUUGACUGGUGGUGACGUCUCGACGACACGGCCUUCGCCUCGUCCGACAACGCGCGAAAGAAGCGUGAAACAUCGCGAGGACCGGUCGCGACGGACCAGCCACGAUCGGCCGCGCCGCUCCCUAACCGAAAUGAUCAAGGAUAAGGUGUCAGGAGAGACGGCAGACAGGGGCGCUGAUCAGAGUAUGGGUGCCCAAUUUCCAGGCCUCGACGCCCCCGUUUCCGCAGUCAAUGCCGGGGAGCGCAGGGUUGUCGUGCAAUACAAAAAGACGUCCAUGGAUUUGCCUGUCACACCAUCGACCUCCGUGGAAGAUCUUUUGUUCCUGGCAGCGGAAUCGCUUGAUGGUGAGAUCGACCCCACCAAGUUUAUCCUGAUGGAGUCGUUUCUCGAACUCGGACUCGAGCGUCCGUUGCGUCGGUACGAGUCGAUCCGAGACAUCAUGAACUCGUGGGCGCAUGACAGGGAGAACACGCUGAUUGUCAUUCCGUCCGCCAGCCUAGACGCAUUGGGACUGCUGGACGCCCAGCGGGUGCCCGCGCAGCAGCCGGCGGACGUGACGUUACACCUGUAUUACUCGCAACGGCCGCGCAAGUGGGAUAAGCGGUACAUCACCCUGCGAUCGGACGGCCAAAUCACCGUGUCGAAGCGGGAAGAAGGGCAGGAGCAGGCCAAUGUGUGUCACUUGUCGGAUUUCGACAUCUAUUCGCCGACGGCGAGCUUCCUCUCGCACAAUGUCAAACCGCCCAAGAAGCUCUGCCAUGCCGUCAAAAGCCAGCAGAAAUCCAGCAUGUUCUUAUCCACUGAGAACUUUGUGCACUUCUUUGCGACGAACGAUCGCACCAUCGCCGACCAAUUCUACCGCGCUGUCCAGACGUGGCGGAGUUGGUAUCUCGUCAACAUGCUGGGCGCUGGCUACCUGGAGGAAAAGGCGGAUGUCCAAGGACAGCCGUUGCGGCCGUUGUUGAAUAUGAGUGCGUCUGAGAGCUGCCACAGUGAUGAGGGCGCUCAAGCUUUAAAUCGCUCCAAGUCGUAUCGAUCCAAAGACCUGUUUGCACGCAAAAAGACCACGCGGGAACAUGCACCGCCGCCGCCAUCCUUUCCGAAAACUCUUGUCGACGGGUCUGACAGGGCGGAUGCGCCAGUGGGUGACUCGCCGUUUGCCUCGUCGGGUCUUCUCGGCCGUACCUACUCUAUGCGCCAACGUGCGAUGAAAGAGCGCGAAGAACGCGAGAAGCGCGCGAAUGAAGAGCCUUUCUCGGCACAGGGUCUCGUGGGCAAUUUGAGCUCGCGCCGCAGCCGACCCAACAGCCGCUCCAACAGUCGCUCCAACACGAUGACUUCGGCUCACGCCCCAGAUUUGCACGGCGUUAUGAAACGCUCGCAGUCGGAGAAGAUCAAACCGCUCGUCGAUUUGACGCCCGUCUACCAGGAACCGCCACAGCAUAUCCGCAAAGGCAGAGGCGUUGCCGUCGAACCAGGCCAGCUCCUGAUCGAUGCAGCCACCGGGCCCGAGGCGCCAGGCGGAAUCGCCAUCCCUCCGUCGACGACAUGGAGACGACCCCCGCCGCCGGAGAUACCGUCCGAUACGCGGACUCGACAGCGCUCGAACACAGCCCGCAGCACCAGCAACCAUCAGCGACCAUACAACCUUCAGUCCGCUACCGCGCCCACAUCGCCCAUCUCCCCUGACGCCUCUCAACCGCGCGGAGACCCGUUCCUCCCGAAUAGUCUCCUCGCGCGUUCGCACGUUCCGGUAGGAGGCGUACCAAAAGGCCACGGCGUGGCGACGGGAGACCGCAACGCGUCGAAACCGAUGCUGGACAUGUCGCCAGAGAAUCCGUUUGCCGAGGGCAGCUUACUCCGCAAGUUAUGA